AUGCCGGCUAUACAAAUCGAAACCACGGCCGCGGCCCUCGUCGCCGCCGCCAACGAUGCCCUAGCCGAGCGCGACGACAGCGACAACUUCAAGGUCAUCCCCUCGACCUACGGCGGCCUCUACACCUCCCUCAACCCGGGAGUGAUCGCGGGCAUCGUCCUCGGCUCCGUGGCAGGCUUCCUCCUCCUCCUCUUCAUCUGCUACUCGGCCCUCGGCUUCGGGCCCCCCGUCUUCUCCAAGUCCCAGGGCUCAAUGGUCGAGGUUCGAGUCCGCCGCACGACAUCCCGCGCAGCCUCGCACUCCUCCCGCCGCACCUCCCGCCACACCCGCUCGCCGAAGCGCCGCCCGGGAGGGCCCAGCAUAGUCAGCGCCGACUCGUACGAGGAGACGCCGGAGCCCGAGCUACUCCAUUGA